UUUAGCUUUUCGUGUUCACGACCAGUUCAAGAAAAGAGAGGCAGCAUGCAGCCACAGCAACAUCGCUUCAUCUAUGGGGAAGGUAGAGAAGGAGCGGAAUGUGCAGGGGGAGAUCCACAAGCUAGUGUUCAGGAUUUGGAAGCAAAUCCGUAGUUUGAAAAAGAUAAUGGAGGCUGCAUAUGAAGGUGCGACAGAGAGAAUUGUUAAUUCUAAGGACUUGCAGCAACAAAGCAAAGCCUUCGAUGAACUCAGUGAUAGUGUUGAAGAUCGCCUGCUCGAUUCCUCUCGCGUUCAAGAGGCUAUGGCAUCCAUUGCUGCUUCUGCAGAAGCCGAUGGGAAUGUUAUGAGAAUGAGAGAAAUAAUUGGCUGCUGUUAAAAUCAAUGCCGCUGAUGUUGACAUAAUAGCCAAUGAACUAGAGUUGGACAAGAAGGUGGCAGAGAGAACUUUGAGGGAACACAAAGGUGAUGCUGUUGCUGCUAUUCAACACCUUCUUCGCUUGAAUACCAUUGUGAUGAAUCAAACAUUGUGAUUUAACUUUUUUUUUUUUUUUUAAAUGGGGAUUUAGAGAUUGGGGAGUGGAAUUUGAGAUCUUUCCGAUAUACUCAAAUGCACUUACUAUCAGGUUAUACAUGUGAGUGAUUUAUCUUCA